ACGCGCACCGCGCGCCGGCAUGAGGCCGGGCUCUCCUGCGAAGUUGUCCGGCGGGUGUAAAGUUACGAGCGGCCAGGACACACCUCCAGAGGGAGUUCCCGGGAGGACCGUUCCUCCUGCAGGAAAACCAGAAGCGCUCCCAGUCGGAGCGAGCCUCGAACCCGGAGCCCCGCGGCUGUGCGUCCCCGCCGUGCCACCGCAGGAACAUGCCCGGAAUGGGCAGCCCUUUGCGCGCGGCUGCGCUCCUGGCUCUCGUGGUGCUCUCCGUCCUGCUGGCCCUGCUGGUCGGCAGCGUGCGGCAGUUCGGAGCCUCGGUCGCGCACUUUCCCGACGCGACGGCGCGCGGAGCCGAGGAGGAGCUGGCGGCGCUCCGCCGCGCGCUCACGUCCCAGCUCCGGCAGAGGCGAGGGGAGAUCCUCCCGCUGCUGGUACCUGGCGGAGAGGGGGAGGAGGAGGACGGGGAGGGAGAGGACCCCGGCCUGUGGAGGGAGAUCCGCCUCGGCUCCAGGAGGGCGCAGCUGGGGGAGAUGGGCUGCGACGCGCUGGUGGACAUGCGGGCGCUGGAGGUGCUCGGAUCCGGAUACACCAAGCUGGUGGUGAAGGUGAACCUGGCCGGAGGGCAGCCCGUGGCGCUCAAGCUGGUCAACGAGCAGGGCAUCGACAUGGGGAAGUGUGUGGAGGACUUUAAAGACCCGCGGGGCUGCCGGGAGCUGGUGUCCUACAAGCUGAAGAAGGAGAUGGUCCUGCUGCAGAGGCUCAAGCAUCCCAACGUCAUCCAGCUGAAGGGUCACUGUGCAGGAGGAGGAGGAGGAGGAGGAGGAGGAGGAGGAGAGGGAGUCACAGUCAUCCUGGAGCAGGGGAAUCCUCUCCAGAUGCUCCAGCUGCUGCAGACCCCCUGGGAGGACCGCUUCAGGGUGUGUCUGGACCUGGCCCGGCUCCUCCACUUCCUGUCCCGGUCCCCGCUGGGCUCCGUGGCCCUGCUGGACUUCCAGCCGCGGCAGUUCGUCACCGUGUCCGGCUCGCUGAAGCUGACCGACCUGGACGACGCCAGCGCGGCCGAGACGGCCUGCCGGACGCACGCCGACUGCACGCUGCGCUUCCCCCACCGGAACUUCAGCGUGGCGUGCUCGGACCGGGGCGUGUGCGACGGGCUCAACGAGAAGAGGAACAUCUACAACGCCUACAGGUAUUUCUUCACCUACCUGCUGCCGCACCAGGCCCCGGCCGGCCUCACACACCUGGUAGACCACAUCAUGAACUCCACAGGAGAGCUGAAAGCCGACAUCAAUCAGACUCUGGAGGCCUUUGAACACAUCCUGCUCCUCUACAAGUCCGGCCUCCACCUGGAGAACCUGCCUCCGUCAGUCAUCCGAGACUACACGCCGGUGCGGGGGAUGUCCACCUCGGGGGACGUGGAGUACCGCUGCUGGCCGUCCUACAGCCAGCGGGGCUGCGUGCUGUCCGUGCACAGCGCCCGAGAGGCGGCGCACAUCUGCAACUCGCACUCGCAGUGCGGCAGCUUCACGCUGAGCGGGCGCAAGACGUGGACGGGACGCCUCCUGGCCUCGUUCCGCAGCAGCUUCGCCCACCUGGUGCCCGACGGCACGUCGGACGUGUACGUGAAGAAGAGCAAGGCGGCGGAAGCUUCCGGAGCGUGACGGAGCGUCAGCCGCCCCCCCCGGGCGGGGGAUGAGGAGGGGGCUGCUGACGGCGGUUUGAUCUGCCUGCUCCGCCUGCUCCUCUCUGAAGGGAUUUCCCUUCAGGUGCCGUUCAGGGGGACGGCCUUGUGUCUCUGCCUCGCCUUUAUUUGCCAUGUGCGUUGGCUUUCCUUGCGAGGCCCCGGUCCCGUCGACAGAUUGUUAAACCAAAGAGGAAAUAAGAAGAGCCGCCGCCGCCGCCGCCCGAGGACGAGGAGAGAAAACAAGCUCUUCUCCAAACACGCUUUGAUGUCGAUGCGCUGAGGUCGAGGCUGUUUUCUCAGCUUAGCUGUGCUGCGGUACGAGACCUAACAACCAUUUACACACCAGCAGCGACUGAAGCCAUUCCAGAGCAAACUGCUCCACACACUUCUGUAAACUUACUCCCAGAGUUCAGUCCGUAAAUAUUCACGUGAUUGGCUGAAACCUGAUUGUUCUUACAUGUUCCAUGUUCGUGCGUUGCGAUUUACGUGCACCUUGUGGGUGAAACUUUUUAUUUUUCAAUGAAAAAUGAUUCACUUCAGUGUUUUCUUACUUCACUUUGUUGUAACUGUACAGAUUGACUAUUUGUACUUGUAUAAAUGUUUCUACUUUUCACCGCCGUGCUCAUUUGCAUUUUACUGUCUGAAGAGUGACUGCGGCUAACAGCCUGUUUAUUUCUCAUUAGCACCUCUGUGUGUGUGUUUCAGCGGGGGGAGGGAGAAUGCCGACGGGCUAUGUGUGUUUAAGUGUUUUAUCUCCUCGCAUGUCCCCCACAUCUGUAAUCUGCGGCCCGUCUGAUUGGCCGCUGAAGGCCGCGGCGCUCGGCGGAGUUUGCACAAUGCCAGAGGAAUGCAUUGACAUUCACAGUCAUGCUGGGCUCAUCAUGAGUCUUAAUUAAUACAUGGAAAUCAGCUCACCGGCUGGCCCUGUCCCACUGUGUGGGGGUGGAGGAGGGGGUGGAGGAGGGGACGCUACUGUAAGACAAAGGCGGACGUCGGGACAACCGGAGACCAACCUGUGGUUUGCACACGAAUGAGACGCCAUCUGUGCCUGCAGAGGAACCCGGAGGGCAGGGCUGCAGGGCGGCAUGCUGGGGGAUUUCAAUGACUCUGCUCCAUUCAGGGACUCUGCUUCCAGAGGUCUGGACCGGCCUGGACCGGCCUGGACCGGCAUGCCUACCAAUGAGUGUGGUUACAUGAUGUUUUUAGUUCGGAAUUGGUUUAUUAUGCAUUAAGCAAAUUAGAAUUAUAUUCAUAAGCAUUGUGUUUAUAUGGGAAAAACAAAGGUUUAAAUCCUCUCUCA